AUGGGUUGGUUAAUGGAAGCUCUCCUUGUUGCUUCAGUAUUGUUGUCUUUGGGUUUCGCAGUAAUAGAGUCAGCUCCUGAAUCUGCGCUUGUCACCGAACUCUCUGGCUUCAAUGGAAGUUUACCAUCUAAACACUAUGCCGGUUAUGUAGCAAUAGAUAAGGAGGGUAGAAAGAAUCUGUGGUAUUACUUUGUGGAAUCAGAGAGAAACGUCUCAGGAGAUCCAGUUGUGCUUUGGCUUAAUGGUGGUCCAGGUUGCUCUAGCAUGGACGGAUUUAUUUACGAGCACGGUCCUUUCAAUUUCGAAAAAACAAAGACAAAGGCAGCUCGUUUGCAUCUUAAUCGUUAUAGUUGGUCUAAGGUUUCUAACAUCAUAUACCUUGACUCCCCAGUUGGUGUGGGGUACUCUUACUCUAAGGACAAGUCUGAUUAUACAGCUAAUGAUACACAAACUGCGUACGAUUCUCACGCAUUCCUUAUCGAGUGGCUCAAGAUGUUUCCUGAGUUUCAGUCAAAUCCGUUCUAUAUCUCUGGAGAAUCAUAUGCUGGUGUCUAUGUGCCAACUCUUGCUUCCGAAGUUGUCAAAGGUCAUUUAUAUAACUAUCGUUUUUAUAAGAAUGUGACAAUGCCAGUUAUCAAUUUCAAGGGAUAUUUGGUGGGUAAUGGAGUUACUGAUCCAGUGUUUGAUGGUAACGCACUUGUCCCCUUCGCACAUGGGAUGGGACUUAUCUCUAAUGAGCUAUAUGAGGAGACUAAAGCGGUGUGCAAAGGAGAUUACCAUAAGAAGCCAGACAGAAGUAUUGAAUGUGCAGAGUUGCUUCGAAAAGUGUCAGCUGAUGUGAGCUUACUGAACAUAUAUAACAUCCUAGAACCGUGCUUCCAUGAAACAUCGGUAUCUGCAUUUGACAUGGGAUCUCUUCCUCCGAGUUUCCUUGAGCUGGGGAAAACAGAAAGGCCUUUGCCAGUGCGAAAGAGAAUGUUUGGACGUGCGUGGCCCCUAGGUACUGUUGUGCGUCCAGGCAUUCUCCCUAGUUGGCCUCAAAUCCUUGCUGGCUCCUCACUUUCUUGCAUGGACGAUAGAGUCGCAACAACUUGGCUGAACGAUCCAGCGGUGAGGAAAGCAGUUCAUGCUAAAGAGGAAAGCGAGAUCGGAAGAUGGGAAUUGUGUACAAAAAAAGUCGCAUACACUCAUGAUGCUGGAAGCAUGAUCGAGUUCCAUAGAAAUCUCACUCUUUCCGGCUAUCGUGCUCUAAUUUUCAGCGGAGAUCAUGACAUGUGUGUACCAUAUACUGGCUCUGAAGCAUGGACUAAGUCAAUGGGAUACAAAGUGGUUGAUGAAUGGAGGCCAUGGAUGUCAAAUAACCAAGUCGCCGGAUUUACACAAGGGUAUGCCAACAACCUCACAUUUCUAACUAUCAAGGGUUCAGGACAUACCGUUCCAGAAUACAAACCACAUGAAGCCUUGGACUCUAUACCCGUUUUCUAG